GCGACGGCACUCAGGAAAAACUCAAAUGAGACCCACAUGUACUGGAAUAGAUAUUGCUGGUACAUUGGCAUCAACCCAGUACAGCACUGGCAAUGGAUCUCAGACUCAGAUGAGACAGUCUGUUUCCUGUAUGCAUUUUUCAGCUGGUAGUGUGAUAUCCAUCACAGCAAGAAUGGUCAGCACUGCUCAGGCAUUGGAUACAAGAGCUUGCUUGAGUCAUUCUGGAAGUGGUGGCAUCUUGUUCUGCAACAGAAGACGGCGUCAGGACUGAGCAAAGAUAUAAUUAUCAAGGUACAGGAUGUGGGUAUAUAUAACCUUCAUGAUCGAUGGCCCCAGUUGAGAAUGGUUCUGGGUACGGAUUGAGUGAAGAAGC